AUGAUGCAGGUUGUUAUUGUGGUGCUGAACGAUUCGAACGGCGGCUUGUCGGAGGAAUUCCAAAUCACUAAUGGCUUUGUAUCGACUUCGAGUUCUCCUUGCAGGGAAUUGGGGUGGAUGCAGCAGCAGGAACAAGUGGUCUUGUCGGGAUCCAAUGGUGAAUUUCCAGCGGGUGUGGCCCAACAAAGACUGGUAGAGAUGUUGGGAUCGGUCACACCAAUAGGCCAGACGACCACAAAACAGCGAGCCGUGGCCAGCUCAAGCCAUCCCGAGUAUACGGUGUACCAUUUGGGACAAGCCAACAGUGGAUGCAGGUCCAUGACCAAGGGAACACCCGAUUGA